UGACCCGCAGGUGAGUCUGGUGAGACCUCGGCCUCCCUACGACUCCGGUGUCUGAUUCUCAGAUCACAGAUCUCUCGAGAAGAACGGAGUGUCUAGAUCUCCUCCGCCAAAAUAUAGCUUUCUCAAACCCUAAUAGUAUAUUCGCCGAACACACAAUGAUCCAAAGAACACACACCACAGUCUCUAUUCUUUUUCUUCUUCUGAUCCUAGGGUUUCUAUCGAUCGUUGCCCAGUCACUCCGAUUCGACCUCGAAUUGGGUCACACCAAAUGCAUCUACGAAGACAUCAAAACCAAUUCCAUGACCGUCGGAAAAUACAGCGUUGUCAAUCCCAGUGAAGACCAUCCCAUGCCCGACGAUCACAAAGUCACCGUCAGGGUAUCUUCGACUGAUGGGAAUAUUCAUCACGCAGCGGACGAUGUGGAGUCGGGACAGUUUGCAUUUCAGGCGGUGGAGGCUGGGGACUACUCGGCUUGCUUUUGGGCUGGGAAUCACAAUCUUCAGGCGAAGAUCACCGUUGAAUUUGAUUGGAGGAGUGGUAUGGCUGCCAAGGACUGGUCCAAUGUUGCCAAGAAGGGUUCCGUUGAGGCCAUGCAAUUGGAGCUAAAUAAAAUGGAAGAAAUGGUUACAUCCAUUCAUGAGGAGAUGUUUUAUCUCCGUGAAAGGGAAGAAGAAAUGCAGGAACUCAAUAGAGCAACGAACUCCAGAAUGGCUUGGUUGACUUUUCUUUCACUUGUCAUUUGCUUAUCAGUGGGAGGUUUACAAUUAUGGCAUUUGAAGGCCUUCUUCGAAAAGAAGAAGAUCAUAUAAUUUCAUCGUAUUAUAAUUUUCAUUAUUUGUACUCUUGUACAAUUUUUGUCAGUUUUCAUCAAUAACCUCUGGCUCGAAAAGUAAUUCUGAUAAUGUUGUCAGUUCUUUGUUACAACCAUAUCCAUUAGAAUUAACUUGGAGCUCAAGAUGGAUAGGUUUUCUUGCUAAAAAAGAUGCACUAGUGCCUUAACAGCACAUGAUAUUUCAAAUAGUUGGAAGUGAUUCUGUCUUUUAAAUGGUUAA